CAAAUGUUAUCUAGAAGGUGUCGAGGGUCAAGUGCCAAGGAAACUUUCUCGGUGGAGAAGUCAAAGACGGAGAAUUAGGCAAUGAACAAUAAGACGCCAUCGGAAGCAGCAGCGCUGCACCCGGCAAUCGCACCGCUAUCAUACCUGCUGGGGACAUGGAGGGGCCAAGGGGAAGGUGGUUAUCCAACUAUUGCUUCUUUCUCUUAUGGCGAAGAGCUCAAUUUCUCUCCCAUUUCUGGCAAGCCUGUGAUAGCUUAUACUCAAAAGACAUGGAAGCUCAGCUCUGGAGAGCCUAUGCAUGCAGAGAGCGGCUACUGGCGGCCCAAGAGUGAUGGCUCUAUCGAAGUUGUCAUCUCCCAGAGCACUGGUCUUGUCGAAGUUCAGAAAGGAAGCUAUAAUGCACCAGAGAAGACAAUCAAACUUCACAGUCAAGUAGUGGGCAAUGCUUCUAAGGUGAAAGAGAUAAGUCGGACGUUUGAAUUGGUGAAUGGAGAAUUGUGUUAUUUGGUACAAAUGGCUACCCAUCUAAAUAGUCUUACACCACAUUUGAAAGCUGUGCUCAAGAAGCUCUAAUGGUGUGGCAUCCUUGAUUGGCUCAUGAAUGGUGUUGCAGCUGGUUAGGGUUUGACUUCUUUGAUUUAAGUUACCCUCAGGGUAAAUUCAUGUUUACCUCAUCUUUAAAUUAUUUCUGCAAAAGAUACCUUAAAAACUUUCUUUGCUUAUUCAAUUGAGUUGAACUCCAAUAAUAGGUUUACAAAACGAGUAAUGGACUGAUUCCCACGAGUCUGGGUAAUUGUUCCUUUUUACUUAUUAGUGGUGUUUAAUUUAGUUUUUUUUA